ACGCUGGAGACACGACAGGAGGGUUCUGUAAAGUCUGGAGCUAUCAUCACCCCCUGUUGUGUGCUUUGCUGGGCAAAAGACUGGGCUACUUCUCACAAGGAGUCUGCAUGUCUAACAUUUAGACAUGCUCAGCUUUGUGGAUACACGGAUUUUGUUGCUGCUUGCAGUAACGACGUUCGUUGCAAGAAGUCAAUACGAAGACGCAUAUGGAUACGGAUUAGAGGGACCCCAAGGCUCCAGAGGCGACAGAGGUCAGCAAGGAGAUAGGGGCCCUCGAGGACCUGAUGGUGUAGAUGGAGAUCCAGGCCAGCCCGGCCUUCCUGGCUUACCUGGCCCACCAGGGGCCCCAGGCCUCAGCGGAAACUUUGCUGCUCAAUAUCGGAAAGAGGAUACCAUGACCCCAGGAAUCAUGGGUAUACCAGGACCAAGAGGCCCUUCAGGUGGACCUGGAUCUCCUGGUUCUCAAGGCUUCCAAGGAUCCCCUGGCCUUCCUGGUGAAUCUGGGUCAACUGGCCUAAUGGGAUCUCGUGGACCUUCAGGCCUACCUGGUAAACCUGGUGACGAUGGAGAGAACGGCAAACCUGGCAAAUCUGGAGACAGUGGUAUUCAAGGCCCUCAGGGUGCUCGUGGUUUCCCCGGAACUCCUGGUCACCCUGGCAGAAAAGGACACCGAGGCUACAACGGAUUGAAUGGACGUAGAGGAGAUGCAGGUGCCACCGGUGGCAAGGGUGAAACCGGCUCCCCAGGCUCCAAUGGUAGUCCUGGAAUUGUGGGUGCCCGUGGUCUUUCUGGUGAGCGAGGGCGUGUUGGAGGUGCUGGUCCAGACGGUCCCCGUGGAAGUGAUGGCAUGUCUGGAUCCACUGGUCCUCCUGGGCCUUUGGGCACAGCUGGUCCUCCUGGCUUCCCAGGAUCUCCUGGGCCCAAGGGAGAAACUGGACUCGUAGGGUUACGUGGUCCCUCUGGUCCUCAAGGUGCAAGAGGUGAGGUGGGUCCUGGAGGUGCAGUUGGUCCAAUGGGUCCUAUCGGUAAUCCUGGUUUGAAUGGUAUCGCUGGAGCAAAGGGAUCCUCUGGUUCUCCAGGCAUUGGUGGUGCUCCAGGUUUCCCAGGUCCACGGGGAGCUCCAGGCUCACAAGGUGCUAUUGGUCCAGCAGGUCCUCGAGGCCUCACUGGCGAACCAGGUAUUUCUGGUGUCAAGGGAGAGACUGGUAACAAGGGUGACUCAGGUCCCUUUGGUAUGCAAGGUGCUCCUGGUUCAUCUGGUGAAGAAGGCAAGUCCGGUCCUCGUGGUGAAAUUGGUUCUCGGGGAAUGAGUGGACCUUCUGGUGAAAGAGGUGCUCCUGGUAACCGUGGUUUCCCUGGCCGUGACGGUAGAGUUGGUGGCAAGGGAAUGCCUGGUUCUCGUGGUGCAUCUGGCCUUCGUGGACUUGUGGGACCCUCUGGAGAUCCUGGUCGUCCUGGUGAAAGUGGUAUCUCCGGCAUAAGAGGUCUCGUAGGUAGUCAUGGCAAUUCAGGUGUUCCAGGCAAACCAGGUGCUUCAGGUGUACCUGGCGAAGAAGGUCGAACUGGUCCUCCUGGGCCUGUUGGUCAAAGAGGUCCAAGCGGAAUGAUGGGCUUCCCCGGUCCAAAGGGAACUAGUGGUGUACCAGGUCCACCUGGUGAGAGAGGAAAUGUUGGUCCUACUGGUGAUAGGGGUUCACCCGGCAAAGAUGGUGAAGUCGGUGCUCAAGGUCCCGGUGGAGUUGUUGGUCCAGCUGGUGAGAAAGGUGAACAUGGUCCAUCUGGUGCCAUUGGUUUCCAGGGUCUCCCUGGUCCUCCUGGUAUGGGUGGUGAGACUGGAAAACCAGGUGAUCAGGGUAUCCGAGGUGACUCUGGUAUGACCGGUUCUCCUGGUAUAAGAGGUGAGCGUGGUGUUCCAGGUGAACUUGGUGCUACUGGUCCCCACGGUAUGUCUGGGUCUCGUGGUCCUUCUGGUUCUACUGGUUCUGAAGGUGGAAAGGGAGAAAUUGGCUCUGUUGGUCUUCAUGGUCAACGAGGUCAUCAGGGAGCUCAGGGUAUACCAGGAGAGAGAGGUGCUGCAGGUGGCCCUGGACCUAAAGGUGAAAAGGGUGAAUUUGGGGUUGCAGGUCCCGUUGGCAACACAGGGUUUGAUGGUCAGCGUGGUGCUCAUGGUCCUACUGGUGCUCCUGGUCCAAGUGGUCCUGGUGGUGAAAGGGGUGAAGCUGGAUCUCGUGGUCCUGCUGGCUUAUCUGGUGCUCGUGGUGUUCCAGGCGAACAUGGUGAGAGGGGUCCCAAUGGUCCUUCUGGCUUCGCUGGUCCACCCGGUGCAGACGGUCAGGCUGGAGCGAAGGGUGAACGGGGUGUUGGUGGUGUUAAGGGAGAAGUUGGUCCUUCUGGUCCUUCAGGUCCUCUUGGUUCUUCUGGUCCUCAAGGUGCCGUCGGUCCCAGUGGUCCCAGAGGUGUUGUUGGUGCUUCAGGUCCAUCAGGUCGCACUGGUUCCCCUGGUCCUAUUGGUCUAAUGGGUACCGUUGGCCCAGCUGGUCCUCAAGGUUUCACUGGUCCCGUUGGCUCUCCUGGUAAUCCUGGCCCACAAGGUGUAAGAGGUGAUGUAGGACCUCAAGGUCACUCAGGUCCAUCAGGCUCUAUGGGUGCUGUUGGCGCUCAUGGAGAUAAGGGGAAUGCCGGUGAAGCAGGUUCUUCUGGUCCUCCUGGCUCUCAUGGUUCUUCAGGUUACAUCGGUUCGCGUGGAUCCACUGGUCUUCGUGGUCAAUCAGGCGAACGUGGUCUCCCAGGUGGUCCAGGCCAAAGUGGUUCAACUGGUGCAACGGGCCCUUCAGGUCGUCCUGGAGAACGUGGUGCAUCAGGGGCCGUUGGCUCUGUUGGUUUGACUGGUGCCCAUGGUGAAUCUGGCCGUGAUGGAAACAACGGUCUCGAUGGUUCUCCUGGUCGUAGAGGCUUCGCAGGUCCUAAGGGCGAUCGUGGUGAGCCUGGCAGCAAUGGGUCACCUGGUCCAUCUGGUCAGCCCGGUUCCCACGGUACAGUGGGUCCAGUUGGCAAGUCUGGCAAUCGCGGUGAACCUGGACCCGGAGGCUCUACGGGAAAUGUUGGUCCAAUGGGUCCACGAGGUGUUCCUGGCCCACAAGGUCCACGUGGAGACAAAGGUGAAGGUGGUGAAGCUGGUGUCAGAGGCAUGAAGGGAUUGAGAGGAAACGGUGGUCUCCAGGGUCUUCCCGGUGUUGCCGGACAAUCUGGUGAGCCAGGUACUGCUGGACCUGCUGGUCCUAAUGGCAUGAGGGGCCCCAUUGGUCCACAUGGUGCACAUGGCAAAGACGGGUCAGCUGGACACACAGGACCUAUUGGCCCUCCCGGUCACCGUGGACGUCCUGGCAACCUUGGACCUAGUGGUCCUCCCGGCCUGCCUGGCCACCCUGGCCCCCCGGGUGUUUCUGGUGGUGGAUAUGAAGUAAGCUAUGACUUUUACUACAGAGCCGAUCAGCCUGAUAGUGCACUUACUGAGAAGGACCUUGAAGUUGACAGCACACUCAAGGUCUUGACCAACCAAAUCGAGAGUAUCCGCACCCCAGAAGGCUCAAGGAAAAACCCAGCUCGCUCAUGCCGUGACCUGAGACUUAGCCAUCCAGAAUGGAAAUCAGGUUACUACUGGAUCGAUCCUAACCAAGGUUGCACCCAGGAUGCCAUCAGAGUGUUCUGCGAGUUCACAACUGGAGAGACCUGUGUACAUGCCAGCCCAGACAUCAUUGAACGCAGAAACUGGUGGAUCAGCAAUGAUGCCCAAGAAAAGAAACAUAUAUGGUUCGGAGAAACUAUCAAGGAUGGUGCCCAAUUUACUUACAACGAAGAGCACAUCACACCACUUGUUAUGGCCACCCAGCUGACUUUCCUGCAACUCCUGUCAAAUGAAGCUUCCCAGAAUGUCACCUACUAUUGCAAGAACAGCAUAGCAUACAUGGAUGAGGAGAGUGGAAGCCUGAAAAAGGCAGUACUUCUCCUUGGUAACAGUGAUGUUGAACUCCGAGCUGAGGGCAACAGCAGAUUCACUUACAGCGUUCUGGAAGACGGAUGCACGAAACAUACCGGUGAAUGGAGCAAGACAAUCAUUGAAUACAGAACACAGAAAACAUCUCGUUUGCCAUUUGUAGACAUUGCACCUAUGGAUAUUGGUGGCCCAGAACAAGAAUUUGGUUUGGACAUUGGCCCAGUCUGUUUCAAAUAAAUGAACUUGAGCUAACUUAGAAUACUCUCCGCAUUUCCUUUUUUAACUGAAUGCUGACUCAUUCCAUUUCUUCUGCUCCAUCCACUUGCUUAAGUCUGGGCUUAAAGAGAAGUAGGAUGUCCAAAAAGAACAUUGUUUUGUCCGUACAAUUUUAAUGCAGUUCGCAACAACUUGGAAAUUUCAAGCGAUUAUUGCAGGUGAAACCUUGAACUAAAGGUUUACGUCACAAAUUAUGGAAAGUAAAUAAAAAGAAUGAAACAUGAGUGUCAUCUGUAGUCUUUGAAUAUCUUUCAAAGAGGAAGUUUAAAACCACCAGCUUCCCAAGGUUUAAACUACCUCAUAUACUUAUUUUAAAGUAUUAUACACAUAAUUUCUUUCUCAUAAUUAACUGUGGUAUUUGGGUUCAAGUUAUUGUGUAAAGGUGCUAAGUGGUAUUGAAGUGUGCAGAUAACCUACUUGAAGUACUUACUAACUGUGGUGCUAACCAAAUGUCCCAUGCCAUGAUUAAAAUUGUCACUAUGUGAGAAGAACAUUUCCGCUGUAUUAAGUUGUACAAUGGUUUUAUUUUCAGUAAAAUCCAUUGGCUAAUAUCAUGGAAUCCUCUUGUCUAUUCCCAAAUUAAACAUGUGGAUACCCUCCUUGCCAUUUCCAUUUCAUAAUUUCAGGUGUUUGUGCUUUUAGCAACGCACUUUCAGUCCAGCUGAACAGGAAAAAGAGGCAACAGUUCUAAAAACAAAAACAUAAAAAUUAAAAGUAUUCCUAUUUUGUAUAUGUGACAAGUGAGAUGUUUUAAUAAUUGUGAAAUAAAGCAUGAAGAUGUUCUGAA